UUACACGAUCACAUUGAAAUGAGAAUCGUAAUAUUAUUUUUUCGUGGAAACGCGUAAGUUGACAUUAAGAAGUUGACUAGGAAAAAUUCUGCUGCUCUUUUGUAUUUUAUGGCGAUGGUGUGUAUUGGUGUUUCUAAGAAACAGAUAAACCAGUUUGCAUUGUAGGCGAUGACGGAAGCGACAGGCCUGAGGCGUUUCUUUUCUAAGUUCAUUUGCUGUGAUGCAGACGAUUCGACUAUUGAAUAUGAACCAUAUGUGUACAUUCCAGCGAAUAGUUACUCGUAUGCCGAGGUUACGAAAAUUACAAACAAGUUCAAUAGAGUUCAUGGCAAAGGAGGGUUUGGUGUAGUUUAUCGUGGAGUUUUAAACAAGCAACAAGUUGCAGUAAAGAUGAUAAACCGAGCAUCCGUCUACAACAUUGUACAGUUUACCAAAGAGGUUCAUGACUUUGUAAAAGUUCGUCACAGAAACUUGGUGAGCCUCAUUGGGUAUUGCGAUGAUGGUGAGCACUUGGCCCUAAUCUACGAAUUCGUGGCAAAUGGAGACUUGAAUGAUCAACUAUCUGGGAAGUUUGGUAAUGUCCUGAGCUGGGAAAGCAGGUUGAAAAUCAUCAUUGGAGUAGCACAAGGUCUGGAGUAUUUGCAUAGCGAGUUGCGAAUCCUUCACAGAUAUGUUAAGCCGACAAAUAUCCUACUAGACGAAAAUUUUGAAGCGAAAUUGGCUGAUUUCGGAUUGUCUAGAUCCUCCCCAACCAACCCUGACACAGAGGCGUCAAAUAAGAUUUAUGUCAAGCCUGGAAGAGAUCCAUAUCUCGAUGACCAAUACUUCAACUCGAACUGGUUAACCCAAACGAGCGACAUUUAUAGCUUUGGCAUUGUUAUGUUGGAGAUGAUAACCAAUCAGCCUGUGGUUGACAACAACCGCGAGAGUCCUCACAUUUCAAAAUGGGUCGAUUUAAAGGUCGCAAAAGGCGAUACUCUAGAGAUUGUUGAUCCCAGGCUAAACAAUGACUUUGAGCCUAACUCAGUCAGGAAAGCUAUGGAUAUAGCAUGCAGUUGUGCAGCUCGUGCUCAUAAUAGGCCAAGCAUGAGCCAGGUUGUUAUAGAGCUCAAUGAGUGUCUAGCCUUAGAGAAGGCUCGAAGUAUUGGAAGAACUGGGGAGAUAACUCAGACUCAGUGAGCAAUAUGACCAUGAGUUCAAUUAUCUCAACAUUUUCAUCUUAAUUUCUUUUGUUGUAACCGUCAUCAUCACAUUUUCCGUAUCUUUGCUUACCUCUUUUCUCUCUAAAAGAAGAAAAGACAAAUCGUACAUUGCAUUGUUCAGGCAUGGUUGCUGCAUUUUGUCCACUUUAUAGCUGUUCAUUUUCAGUAAUGUUUAAACAGCGAACAAUGUCUCGCUGUAUCUUCUAUGUUC